AUGUCUCUUACUUGCCGAUAUGCCGCGCGGCAAUGCGCUCGAACGCUUCGAUCAACCCAAUCAACGACACGAUGCACAGCAGCCUUGACGACUCGAAGACGAAAGCAAGUGAUAAGUCGAUGGCAGUCUACAGAAGCUACGGCAGCAUCAUCGAAUCCUAAGAUUGCUACGAUAGUGGAUCAAAUAGGGCAAUUGACGUUAUUGGAGACGGCCGAUCUUGUCUCGAGCUUGAAGUCACGACUGAACAUUCCCGAUAUGCCCGUGGGUGGCUUUGCCGCCGCCGGUGCUCCAGCAGCAGCCGCACCAGUUGAGGAGCCGGAAGAGGUAGCCCCUGCGAAGGAGGAGAAGACACUAUUCAACCUUAAGCUGGAAUCUUUCGAGGCUGGAUCGAAGCCGAAGGUGAUUAAGGAGGUCAAGGCUAUGCUAGGUUUGAGUUUGGUGGAUAGCAAGAAGUUCGUGGAGAGCGCUCCCAAGGUCAUGAAGGAGGGCGUGCCGAAGGAGGAGGCGGAGAAGAUGAUUGAGACUAUGAAGGCACUUGGUGCUGUUGUCAAGAUGGAGUAG